UCCACCCCCUUCGCGGGGCUUGCUGGGAGUCGUAGUCCGGGCCUUUUCCGGGGCUUUUCUUCCCCUUUCCUCCGUCCUUGGGCUUCCGCCAUGCUGCCCGCCAGCCGCUUCCUCGCCCGCUCCUUCGCCCGGGCCACCCGAGGCCCGGCCCGGCAUUAUGCGGAGGCGGCUCCCGCGGCUGCUUCGUCCGGACCAGCCCAGAUGUCCUUCACCUUCGCUUCGCCCUCCGAGGUUUUCUACAACGCAGCCACCGUGAAGCAGGUAGACGUCCCGACCCUGAGCGGGUCCUUCGGCAUCUUGGCGGCUCACGUCCCUACUCUGCAGGUCCUGAAACCCGGAGUUGUGACCGUUUUUGCCGAGGACGGCUCAUCCUCCAAAUAUUUUGUGAGCAGCGGUUCCAUCACAGUGAACGCAGACUCAUCGGUCCAGCUCUUGGCUGAGGAAGUGGCGCACUUAGAUCAGCUGGAUCUCGCGACAGCCAAAGCCAACCUGGAAAAAGCCCAGUCGGCCGUGGCUUCAGCCGCCGAUGAAGCAGCAAAGGCAGAAGCCCAGAUCUGUGUGGAAGCCAACGAAGCCAUUGUGAAAGCUUUAGAGUGAAAACAGAAACCGCAUCCCAGGCUACGAGGAAAGAGCAGCCCCUGCUGUGGAUUUUUCCUCCUCCUGCUUCCUUGGUCUGUACAGUUGGUGUAGGCAAGCCCACGCCGCCAUUACCUAUUAAAAAGAGGAAUUAUAGGCAAAA